AUGCAGUUGCCGCCACCAUCUGUAUUGGCCAACUGGCCAACACCAAACUACGAAGAUCCCCAGACGCAAGGGCUACCACUGGUCAUUGUCAAUGUAAUUUUCAUGGCUUUGAUAAGCUUGGCCGUCCCACUUCGUCUUUAUAGUCGAUACGUAAACAAAGGCCGGCUGGGAUGGGACGAUUUCAAUAUGGGACUCGCAUAUGUCUGCGGCAUGGCCCUCGGCGUCAUCGUUAUCCUUGCCAAUGUCCGCUUCCAGUGGAAUCGUCAUCUAUGGGAUGUUGAGUUCACCAUGUUCGAAUCUGCUUCUAAGAUAGCACUUGCCUCUAAGCUGUUAUUCACAUUUGCUGGCGCCUUUACUCGCGCUUCUCUCAUCUGUUUCUAUUUCCGCCUCAUCAAGGACACGGGGUUCAGCAUCUUCAAAUAUGUUCUCUGGGCAGCAUUCGCGUACAACAUUGCCAUUUGUAUCAUCUUCGUCAUUCUUGCAGUGUUCCUUUGCACGCCAGUCGAAGCUUACUGGGUAUUCCCGCUCAUGAAGAACGCCAGAUGUCUAGACGAAGGUCCUGUAACUCUAGUGGCUGGAGUUCUUAAUUGUAUCUCGGACUUGACUGUAACCAUACUGCCCAUCCCUAUCAUCAUGGGUCUCAACAUGCCUUUCAAGCAGCGACUAGGAGUAACGGCACUGUUAUCUCUGGGACUCAUAGUCACAGUAGCUGGUAUUGUACGCACGUACUACAUCUGGAGAACACUGAUGGAUACUUACGACGAGACCUGGGACUCGAUGCCCCUUUACAUCUGCGCAACAGUGGAGAUUGAUCUGUCUAUUCUUUGCGGAUGCGCUCCAUCACUCAAGCCU